UACAACACUGUAAUUUUACGGUUCGUACUGUCAAAUAUUUUUAUUUUCCAAAUCUUUGAAAAUCAGUUUAAUUGAAUGGAGAGAUUAAGUUCAAAACAAUGUCGAAUAUGAAAAAGGACAUUGAUUGCUUGCCAUGUCGUUUAGUAAGCGGAUUUGGUAUAAUAGGUAUUGGCACUUAUUUAUAUACACAAGCCAAUAAGCGUAAAGGAUUUCAUAAAAAUAUAAUGGUUGUUAUCUCUGCUGGCAAGUGCUGUUGGGUUAGGAGUAGCACGUCUUUUAAAUAUGCCGUUUCUUAAAGCUAAUAAAUAAUAGACAG